CAUCUAUAGCAUUUUACAUCAUUCUCCCAAAAAAAGCUUACCAUAAACAUCCUUAUAUAUUUGAUAUAAAAUUUCCUAGAAUUUCCUAAAAAAUAGAAAACAAAGAUGUGCGAUAUAAGUGAGUAUGCCCUGGAUCGCCAGUUUGCCACCCAAGUGCGGGCUUUAGGUGAGGUCUACGAGGAGAACAUCAGUUGCCAGGACUUUGAUCUUAGCCAGCACUGGCUGCAGGUCUUCCAGGAGGCCAAAACAAAAGCCAAGUGUGCCAGAAAUGGGCUUAUGUUGCUCCUGAUCAGCCAAUUAAGGGAGAUGGGUCGUCUGGGUAAGCCCUUUGUGGACCUUAAGAACAUGUGCCGGCCACUGGACGAUGUGUUGAAUGAGUACGAUGGCAAGAUGGAUGGAGAACUGGAGUUUGAUGCUUUGGAGGUGGAUACAAAUGCCUCCACCUCUGGUAGUGUCAGUAGUCGCAGCUACCUUAAGCUGGAGAAGGAUCUCACCAAGAAACCUCAGGCCGGAAAUCAGGAAAAAAUAUGGCAGGCCACCAUUCGGGCCAUUGAUAGCCUAAAGGAUUGGACAGAGGGUAACCAGAAGAUUGAUUUCCUGGCCACUUGCUUUGAGCCAUUCCUUGAAAAUGAACCAUUCAUAAGCAGCCAGAUUCACGAGCUGGAUCGUCGCCUGGAGGCCAUGCUGGAUGAUGUGGUCAAGCAGGCCACCGAGCGAAGCUACAAAAAUAUGAGAAUCAUGUACUCUUGUGUCUUUCAGCAUCAGAAGAAUUGCUGCAAGGUUAGGCUUAAGGAAUUGGAAAAGUCGGAAAAGUUGCUGAAGGAGGAGAAACAGAAACUACGUCUCUAUGCCGAAGAUCUGAAGCGCCGCGAGGAUCAGCUUCGGCAUCACGAAGCCAUUGCCGUGCAGGUGGUCAAGUGUCCUGAUCCUGAAAAGCUCCUCCUCCUCAGCCCAAGGACUCCAGGCUGUGAGCAUUGCCAGAAGAAUCGCUCUGGCCGUUAUCGCAGGCGUUCUUCCAAAUCUCGAUGUGUCCAGGAGCAGGGGAAAUUAUCCGAUGAACCAAGCGAUCUCCCCGAUGGAAAGCUACUUUAAUCCAGCUUUGUUUUAUAUAUAUAUAUUUUUUCCCCCUAUUUUCUUGUUCGAAUCAAUAAAUCGUUGAGUUGUUU